AUGACUUCAGUGGGCCAUUGCUAGAGAAAGCUGUGAAAAAUACAGAAGGUGUGGUUGAUGAUCAGAAAAGGUAUUGGAAGAGAAAAGGAUGCAACAUUUUAUCUGAUGGAUGGACAGAUGGACGGAAUAGGACUCUUCUCAACUUCUUGGUGGCUUCAAAUGGUGCAAUGGUAUUCAUAAAGUCUGUUGAUGCCUCAAAUGAAAUAAAAAAUGUAGAGACUUUGUGUAAUCUGUUGGAGGGUGUGGUUCGGGAAGUUGGAGUUGAGAAUGUUGUCCAAAUUAUCACGGACAACGCAGCUGCAUAUGUAUCUGCAGGUAGAAUGCUUAUGCAGAGGCAUCCUUCGAUUACAUGGAGUCCUUGUGCUGCACAUUGCUUGGACUUGGUGCUAGAGGACAUUGGGAAGAUUGGAUGGGUGAAGAAGGUGGUUGAAGACGCAAAAAGUGUCACCAAAUUCAUCUACAACCAUACUUGGGUGCUUGCUUUGAUGAGAAAACACACAAAUGGCAAGGACCUUGUGCGACUUGGAGUGACACGAUUUGCUAGCCACUUCAUCACUUUGCAGAGCAUUCUUAGUGCCAUUCCUCAUCUUAAGUAGAUGUUUGUGUCAGAUGCUUGGUUGGGGUCUACAUACUCCAAAAGACCUGAAGCAGAGAAGAUUGUUUGCAUUGUUUUUGAUGAAGGGUUCACCAAAAGUGGAGAGGAGUUGACUGCGGUGACAGAACCUUUGGUAAGGGUUCUUCGUAUGGUGGAUGGAGAGGGCAUGCCAAUGGGUUUCAUUUAUGAGGCCAUGGAUAGGGCCAAAGAGGCCAUUUCACAUUACUAUCGUGGAAAUACAAGAAAAUGUGAAAUCUUUUGGCGCAUCAUUGAUCGUAGGUGGACAAACCAACUCCACCAACCGAUACAUGCCUUCGCCUACUUUUUGAACCCGAAAUUCUACUUCUUUGAUUCAUUUAGGGCUGAUGAGGAGGUCAUGGCAGGUGUUAUUACAUGCUUUGAUAAGAUGACACCUGAUCCUGAGUUGAGAGACAAGGUUCUUGAUGAGUUGGAGAUCUACAAAAGUGCAGAGGGAGACUCUUCUCAUCACAACUAGCAAUUGAUAGGAGAGGAAAACAACAACCAGAUUUAUGGUGGGAGAAUUAUGGUGCCGGCACGCCUAAUCUUCAAAAGAUAGCUAUCCGUGUUUUGUCUCAGCCAUGCAGUGCUUCUGGGUGUGAACGAAAUUGGAGUGUCUUUGAGAGCAUUCACACAAAGAAGAGAAAUAGAUUGUCACAAAAGCGGCUCAAUGAUCUAGUAUUUGUUCGGUACAACCUUCACCUUUGAGUUAGACAGGUGGAGGGUAUUUCACAUGAGGCCAUUGACUUGGAUGAAAUUGAUCCAUAUGGUGAUUGGACCAUGAAUGAACAAAAUGAUGGUGAUGAUGUCCUCCUUACCGAAGAAGAAAUUGCAGAAAUAGAGAGAGGAGCAGCACAAGAUGCAGAAGGAGCAAGAUUGGAUGAAAUGGAGGAUGAAGAUGAGGACGAAGAUGAGGAUGAUGAUGAGGACUUUGACUUUGAAGAAGAAUAAUUUCACCAUUUAGAUACCACAACACCCACUGCUACUACUUCUAGCUCAAGGCCUGAAAAAUUGAGCUAUAUUAGGAAAAAUACAAAGAGGAAGAUGUAGUCUUCUCUUUGGUUUGUUCAUUCACAUUGUUGUUUUUCACAUUUGGAGUUGGACUUGGACAUAUCAUUAUAUGUAAUUUUGUGAAUAUUUAUAUACUUAU